AUGUCCAACAACAGCAAUCUCCUAAGCGGUUUACUUCGUUCGAUCUCCAGACGAAGCCAGCGUCGCGAUGCUGACACGGAAGAGAGCGAACAACCUCUACGCGCAGAUGUUGAUAUGGAGUCUGAGUCUCAGCAAAGCCGUACUGCGGAUCCACAAACGGCCAUUACCGCUGUCGCCAAUAAUGCUGUAAACGCGAAUGAUGGGAAUCAGUCCGACUCUUCCAUGCCUGCCUUGCAAGACGUCAGUGAUUCGGAAGAUUCCGAAGUGGACGACGAAGACGAAGACGAAGACGAAGCGAGGCGAGAUCAGUUCAUGAACACUUCUCAGGUCUCCCAUUCAGGAGGUAUCGUGAAUGCCAAUUCCGAGUUCAGCCAACAUACUUUCGGUCGUUCCGGCUUACACACAGAUGAUGACGAGGAUAUGCCCUCGCUGGAGUCGACUCAUCCUACCCGUUCCUCCAACACUCGGCCGCAAGGCACCCGUCGUGCUAGGGUUGAAGAUGACGUUGACGGUGACUCUGAGCGGGAUAGGAGGCAUCCGUCUCAGCGUGCUUCGAACAAUCAAUCCGAAGCUUCUUCCCCCUUGCCCAUCCAUCCUGUUCAUCCAGGACAAGCAAACAAUCACGUCCACCGGCAUAUUGUUUUUUCCAACAUGCCAGGUGUUGGGGCAGAUGCAGCAGGCCCUCUUCCUCCAUUCCCCGAUUUUCCUGGUCACCAGCAUCACCCUCUCCCUUUAAAUAUGAUGGCCCAAAUGGGCUUCGAUAUCCGUACUAACGCGACCCAAGGCGGGAAUGCAGACGUUUCUGAUAAUGGAGGACCAGGAAAUAACACAGAUAGCGGAACACCUGAAGGCAACAACAACUCACAGCCCCGUGGUGCUAUACCUAAUACCCCUAAUGGCUUCGCUGCAAUCCUUCAAAGUUUUCUCCAGGCUGCAGGAGGUCAUCCCGGAGCCACAUUUACCACAGCUUUCAAUGGUGUUCCCGUUGGUGAUAAUCUGCCAAACGCAAAUGCUGGCGCUGAGAAUGGUGGUGGUAAUAGUGGCUUCUUGGGGAACUUAUUCACUGUGAUGAGCGGUAUGGAAGGAGGUGCUUUUACGUUCAAUACAGACCUGCCUGGAGGGAUUCCUUUCUUUGGUUUCCGACCGGCUCAGGAACGCGAGAAUCCGGAGCGUGCAAAAGUUUUGGUUGAUGGUCUAGAAGAAGUUCCCGUUGGGCUGAUUCGCAGACUGGAGCGAGUUUCACCGGAGAGUAGCGGCUGUGCAAUAUGUUGGGAAAAGUUGCUUGAGCAAGAUGCUGAGUACCUGAGGAGGGAAGAGCAAGAGCAAAAGAAAGUCGAAGAUGCGUCUAAGGCCGGUGGGAACAUGGCUCCGGAUGCCUCAUCCACCAUUACACAGAAUGACUUGCAGACUACUAGUCCCUCCCUAUCUAUUCCCUCAUCCACGCCAUCCCCAUCUUCAUCGGCUUCAAAGGGAACUUCUAUCAACAACAAAGUCCCCACAUAUCCUCGAAUCGUUUCACUUCCAUGUAGUCAUGUCUUUCACUCCGAAUGCCUCCUACCUUGGUUUACACGACCUCGCCAAACGACAUGUCCAACGUGCAGAUUCAAUAUUGACCCUGACGACCUCACACGAGGCGUUGGUAUUCGACGAAGGGCAGCUGCUUCUACAGCCGCGGGUGGAAGAGGAGGCACAGAGACAGUAGCAGGAGAAGAUGCUAUGCCUAGCGCCUCGACGACAACGGAUGGAUUUGGAGCUGUUGACCCUGCUACUGGCCUUCCUGCACCUUUGAGUGUCAAUGCUCAAAGAAUGCCGUUCAUCGGUUCGGUUAAUGGUAGAAGUAACGGCAUGCAGGUUCAACCUCCUUUCCCUGGUAUGACUGGUUCAGGUGCUCCAGGCGUGAUCCGUAGUGGCUUUUUCUCUCAUUUCCCGCCCGGUAUGACCCCUACACCUCGUACCGCCUCAAAUGAGAAUAUCAACAACUCUCAAGGCCAUCCUCCCCGUGUCAAUCAUGCUCCCUCUACUCGCCAAAGCGAGGACAGGGUACAUGGCAUGACCUCCUCAAAUCCCAACGCUUCUGUUACUGCAUCGACCGCCAAUGCUGCUGAUAUUAAUCCUUCAACUCUUAUACCUCCUGGUGCUCCUCGACUUCCGACUCGCCAACCCUGGUCCAAUGAAGAUCAGCUUUCGAAUGAAGUUUCUCAGUCUUUCUUCAGUCGACUGUUUUCCUCCGGUGGAAUACCCGGUCCGAAUCCGGGGGUAACAGUCAAUGAUCCUUUUGCGCAAUCAAAUCCUCCACUCAACAAUGCUUCUCAACCUCAUGUCCAUCCGCUUCCUAUUCCCCAUAUGCACCCUCAAGGCAACAUACAACAUCACCACCAUGCAGGAGAUAGUUAUGUCACCAUUGGAUUUGACUUCGUUCUCAGCCCCAAUGCACCUCUAUCGGGUCCGAUUCCACCUCAAGCCGGUGCAACAGGAAAUACGCCACAGAACGCGCCUUUGAAUCAUAGUGACAACCAUGGUACCAAUAAUCGCGACGCCGACAAUUCAUAUGCUGCGCAAGAUGGCGUACCUCACCAAACCGACUCUAGAGGACAGACUUCCGGAAAUUCUGAAGCGGAACUUCCUAACGAAGUGGAAUUUCAUACAAUCGGAGUCGAUAUCGGAAUAGACCAUCUGGGUUCUAUGGAUCCCAGCUCUUUCGACGAAGAAGAAGACUUUAUGUCAUUUCCGGAUAUACUCAACGCCCAUCCUCAACGCCCGGAGGGACCUGUUAUGUCAUCUGGAGCUAGAACACCCGGUGAUGUCUCCAAUUCGACUGUCCCAGUUGCAGCCCCGCCCUUGCAAGCAUCAGACCCACGAACUGCGCAUAAUAAUUUCGCAGCCAACCAACGUCGGGCUGCUAGUAGUGAUGCUACCGGUAACAACGCACAACCGAAUCCUAAUACAUCUCCACGGAUACCAGAUAUAACUGGUUACCUCGACUCUAUGUUUGGUUCUGCCGUUCCUAGCACAGCAGGUCCCCGCCGACCACAGUAUGCGACUCGUGGAUCUCGACCUCGUUCAGCUGCUCGGGGAGGUUACCGUACUCAAGAGCGGAGACCAUGGGCGCCCCCGCCCCCGCCUGGGCUAACGCUGCGGCAAACUAUUGAAAAGAGAGAGCGGGAGGCCGGGCUAAGGUGUUGGGACGUGUCCUGCGGGCUAGCUCCUGACGAUGAUUGUCCUUUGAGGGAAAUUCCUGAGGGGCAGAAAAGGCAAGUGAGGAUCAGGCAGGGAUCCGCUGCUUCUACGUCAAGUCCACAGGAAGGAGGUGAGGACCCAAAAGGCAAAGGAAAGGAGAAGGCAGACCAUGACCCGGAGCCGAAGUACGUUUGUGAACACACAUUCCAUACUCCGUGUCUUGUUUCCGCUCAAAGAGUAGCAUUGAACGGGGCAGAGGAAGUCAUUGUUGAAGAAGGAAAAUCUGUCGAGGUAUCAUGCCCAAUUUGCCGCACGAUCGGAGUAGUGCCCAGAGAUGAUUGGGAAGAUGGCGUCCGAGCGUUGGAGUCUGAUCUCGAUUAA